UCACCAAGCUAAAGAACAAGAAGGACGAGGUCACGAGUGGUUCCAAUAAUUAUUUCUUCUUUCUUUUGGGACGGGCAAAGUCAUUAGCCCUGAUAAAUAUCCUCCAAUCCGGCCACCGGCCGAUACUGCUCUGAACAAAAGCUUUUCCAAGCUAAAAAAGAUGGAAGAAUUUUACAUUUUCAAACUGCUGGCAAUCUCUUCUGCUCUACUCAUUCUUUAUCCCGUUAUCGGAGUUGUUUAUGUGAUUUGGUGGAGACCCAAAAGCCUUGAGAAGCAAUUGAGGCAGCAAGGGAUCAGAGGAACUUCUUACAAGCUUUUGUAUGGUGAUGUGAAAGAGAUUCAGGAGUGCAACAGGGAAGCAUGGUCCAAACCGAUUACCACCCUAGACCACCAGAUUUUGCCACGUGUCUCACCAUUCUUUCAUCAACUGGUACAAAAAUAUGGAAAAGUAUCUCUAUCUUGGGAUGGAACAAGACCAAGAUUGAUGGUAGGAGACCCAGAGUUAAUGAGGCUGAUAUUAGGAGAUAAGAAGGGUCAUCUUGUAAAGACGCCACUGAACCCUCUUGCGGGUAUGCUAAAUCUGGGGCUCUCAAAUUUGGAAGGAGAGCGAUGGGCCAAGCACAGAAGGCUUAUUACACCUGCUUUCCACCUUGAGAAGUUAAAGAGAAUGGUGCCAGCAUUUGAAACCAGUUGUUUGGGGCUGAUUGAUCGAUGGAAGGAAUUGAUUAGUCCUCAAGGAUCACGUGAAAUAGAUGUUGCACCAGAGCUCCAAAAUCUUGCCAGUGAUGCCAUCGCCCGGACAGCCUUUGGAAGCAGCUUUGAAGAGGGCAAAAGGAUAUUUGAACUUCUGAAAGAGCUCACUAAAUUGGUGCAUGAAUCCUUUCAAAAGAUUUACAUCCCAGGUUUCAGGUUCAUUCCCACUAAGAAGAACAAGAGGAGAUAUAAUAUGGUGAAGGAGAUCAAUGCAAUACUAGGGGAAAUGAUCCGCAGGAAAGAGGAAGGCAUGCGAAAUGGAGAUUCAGGCAAUAACAACGAUUUACUAGGCCUAUUAUUGCAAUGCAAAGAAGAUUCCGAUCAAAAUGGUCUGACAACUGAAGAUGUUAUGGAGGAGUGCAAGUUGUUCUACUUCGCCGGCCAAGAGACCACCGCCACCUUGCUCACAUGGACACUCAUUGUUUUAUCUAUGCAUCCCGAUUGGCAAGAAAAGGCCAGGGACGAGCUGCUACACGUCUGUGCCGACAGAACACUUGAUUUCGAAGCCAUCAAUCAACUCAAGAUUGUACCAAUGAUAUUGUAUGAAGUCCUUCGAUUAUACCCGCCUCUAGCUUCUCUCUACCGGCAUACCCGCCGGAAGACGAAUAUAGGAGGCCUAACGAUCCCGGCCGGGGUUGACUUAGCAUUACCAGUGCUGCUUCUACAUAAUGAUCCAAAUUAUUGGGGCGAAGAUGUUGAGAAAUUCAAUCCUGAGAGAUUUUCUCAAGGCAUUUCGAAAGCAUCAAAGGAUCAAAUAGCGUUCUAUCCAUUUGGUUGGGGUCCCAGAAUAUGUCUUGGCCAAAAUUUCGCCAUGAUAGAAGCAAAGAUGGCUCUGGCUAUGAUUCUUCGACAUUUUUCUUUUCAACUCUCACCAUCUUAUACUCACGCUCCUCGUACUUUCAUUACUCUUAAGCCACAGCAUGGUGCUCCGAUUAUACUGCACAGAAUCUAAGAUGCAUGUUUGAUUGUGUUCUAAGCAUGGAAUUUCCGAUAUUAAAGGAGUUUAAUUAAGCUUUUAAUGUGCUGUUUUUGAGUUUUC